CCUCCACAUUCGACCGCAAACCACAGAACUAUUUCUGUGCAAAUCUCAGUGGAUUAAUCAAUGAUCUACGUGUAUUUAUCGCUCAAACCCAGACCUUGUAACUGCUGCUGGAUUGGUGAACGUCACUGGAGAGACGUUUAUAACAGUGCAUUCAUGCAUCUCGUUAGUGUGGGCUUUGUCUAGUCACGAAGCUAUCAAAAAGGAUUACUGGCCCGGCCUGUGCCCCUUUAAUUCAUGCCACGCGAGGCCUGCUGCGCGCGGUUUCAGAUCUAUAAAUAACCUUUUGUUAUUGUGUGAGCCAAAGUUCAGAUUUGUAGUCUGGUUCCUACAUGGUCUGUUCGUAUGUGAGGGUACCAUAUUGCGAACACAGGAACAAGACACCUGUCACGUUGUUCAUUUAAUAUCCAGCUAGCUGUUGAAAGUUGUCUUCGUAGGCGGGUUAUUGAAGACAGUGCAGCUGAGGUCAGUGUUUUCUUGCAGGGGACGGGGAAAUUUUUAUUAGUUGUUUAGUUUCAAUGAAAGCCCUGUCACGAGACUGUUGUACAUAUAUACGGGGGAAAACUCGUGUGCUUUACCUCAGGAAAUUAUUCGGUUUUCGACCACUUCGUUUCCUACAUACUGACAGUUUGCGUUUAUCGACGGUGUGAUGUGAGAGUGUGACGUUAAUUUUAAAGAACAUCAAGAAUAUCUCGGCUGAAUUUAUUGGAGAGUUAUCAUGUGUAGCAGUGUGAUCAUGUUCACAUUAUUGGCUGUGACUGUCUUGACUGUCAUAAUGGUGGGAACCAGUUAUGCAGCAGUGACAUGUAUGGAUGCCAAUGGGAAACCAGUUGAUUGGUUUAUUGUUUACAAACUUCCCAGAGAUUCCAACAGCCAAAUUCUGCAAGUAAGAGAUGGCUGCGGACAGAUGUACAUGGAUGCCAACAAUCCAGUUCUGAAAUUGUCUAGUGCUUGGAUCAGCGAUACUGACCAUGCCAUAGCAUACACACUGAAGCAAAUCUAUCAGAACCAUGCAAGUCAGGAUGUUGCAUACCUGCUGUAUAAUGAUGAGCUACCAAACAGCAAAGCCAAAACAAGCACUCAUGGACAUACAAAGGGUGACCUUGCCUUUGAUGCCACCAGUGGUUUCUGGCUGGUUCACAGCACACCUCGUUUCCCCAAUAAUUCAUCCAUGACCUACAGUUGGCCGGAAAGUGCACAGAUUUAUGGUCAGGCAUUCCUUUGUGUUACCUACGGUUACGACCAGUUUGAAGAAAUCGGUCAGCAGCUGAUGUACAACUAUCCCUGGAUCUACGACUUCAACCUCCCCUCUGAGCUGGUUAGCCACACCCCCAGCAUCAGUCGUGUCGCUCACAAAGAACAUGUGACAUCUCCUCCAUGGAAUCGGACAGCAACUCUGACAUCCAGGGCAGGGCAGAGAUUUAUUAGUUUUGCCAAAGCCAGCAAUUUUGGAAAAGAUCUAUAUGCAGGAUGGCUGGCUCCAUACUUCAACAGCACCCUGUAUGUUGAAACGUGGCAGAACGGUCCAGGAAAUAUGAACAGCUCUUGUGUCAAAGGUCGAAAUGUCAACAACAUUAAAAACUUGAAUCUGGCUGGGGGAGAAGCCUUUAAGAACUCCAAAGAUCACUCUAAGUGGGCAGUGACUACCAAGUCUGGCCUGGCAUGGACUUGUAUUGGGGAUAUCAAUCGCCAGUGUCAUCAAGAGUUUCGUGGUGGUGGCACUGUCUGUUUUCAAAACGCAGCAGUCAACAAAGUUUUCCAUGAUUCAGUGACUGGCAUUCAGCAGUGUCCUCAACCACAGACAUUUUGCUGUCUACCUAACACCCAUCGUGAUUUCUUGGAGAUGGAAGGAGGAAUCAGAACAUAUUCUGGCUCUUGGUUGAUCAAGUUCAGAACCAUCUUGGAGUUUGGUAAAGGUUUGAAUUACAAUACAGAUAGAACAACGGCCAGGAAGUGGAAAGCUGACAAAGUGUUUAUGAUGCACAGCAGUGUGAUGGUGUUCAUUUUAUUGGCUGUGACUGUCUUCACUACCAUAUUGGUGGGAACCAGUGAGGCAGAGGUGACGUGUUUGGAUGCAAAUGGGAAACCGGUUGAUUGGUUCAUUGUGUACAAGCUUCCUCGAGAUUCUCAGGGUCAGACAUCACAGGUUAGAGAGGGCUACGCUCAGAUGUACAUGGAUGUCAAUAAUCCAAUCUUGAAACUUUCUGAUGUCUGGCUCAAUGCUACUGACCAAGCCAUCGCAUACACAUUACAACAAAUCUACCAGAACUAUGGAAGUCAGAAAUUGGCUUAUUUGAUGUACAAUGACCAACCCCCUGAUGAAGUUCCAAAAUGGAGAUGUGGACAUUCAAAGGGUGACCUUGCCUUUGAUGGUACCAGUGGUUUUUGGCUGGUUCACAGCAUACCUAAAUUUCCUCUUCCUUCAUCGGAGUACUACAACUGGCCAAGCAAUGCUAGACGUUUCGGCCAGCAACUCCUAUGUGUUACUUUCCGUUACAAUCAGUUUGAAAAAGUUGGUCAGCAGUUAAAGUAUAACAACCCCUGGGUCUAUGACGCCAACCUCCCUUCUGGCCUUGUGAACCACACCCCUAGCAUCAGGGAUGUGGUCAACAAACAGCACAUAACAUCCCCUCCGUGGAAUCGCGCUUUGGAUCUGACGUCAAAGGCUGGGAGAAAAUUUGUCAGCUUUGCCAAAGCUGGUAAAUUUGGGAAAGAUCUGUAUGCAGACUGGCUUGCCCCUUACUUCAAUAGCGACCUGUAUGUUGAGACAUGGCAACGCUUGGGCAAAAAUAUGAAUUCAUCUUGUGUUGGUGGUCUUGAUGUUUACAAUGUCAAACACUUGAACCUGGCUGAUGGAGAAGACUUUGGGAAUUGUCAAGAUCACUCUAAGUGGGCAGUGACGAUUAAACCAGGUUUGGAGUGGACUUGCAUCGGGGAUAUCAAUCGUCAGUUUACUCAAGAGAGGCGUGGUGGUGGUACACUCUGUCUUCAGAAUGCAGCUGUGUCCUUGCCUUUGAUGGCAUCAGUGGAUUCUGGCUGGUACACAGCGUACCUAAAUUUCCUCUACCCGCAUCUAAAAGCUACAAUUGGCCAGACAAUGCCAAACGUUAUGGCCAGACAUUGCUGUGUAUUACCUUCGAAUACGACCAGUUUGAAAAAAUAGGUCAGCAGUUGAAGUACAACCAUCCUGGAGUCUAUGACAGCAACCUCCCCUCUAAGUUGGUUGGCAAGACCCCCAGCAUCAAGCAUUUGG